AUGGCCGAUCUCAAGCGCCUAGCUCUUGGUGUGACUGUUUCCCUGGGCACCCUCUACGAUGCUCGAACAGAUGCCUUCAUCUCCCUCUCCUUGUUCAACGACACCCCACCGCCAGAAGCCAUCAAGGUGAUCGACCACCACCAUAGUGAGGUCAAGUUUGGACAGUCGGAGUCGUACCGCAAGAAGUUUGAGAAUAUGAACAUGUCUGCAGAUCUCAGUGCAAGCUUCCUGGUCGGCAUGGUCCAAGUCAACGGUUCCGGCAGUUACCUCAACAACACUCUUAUCAGUAAAAAGCUUACAGAAUCCUCGCUGUUUUACAACAUCACAACAAGGGCCGAGACAGUCUCCCUAACCCAUGAAAGCCUGAGGGGAAUGUACGCGUUCAAUGAGAUUGACUCAUCGUUGGCAACACACUUCGUGGUGGGUAUUGUCUAUGGUUCCAACAGCAUCGUCACCUGCCGUAGCACAAAUACGGAGCACGGGGACUCCACCAAGAACCAAGUUCGCCUGAGGACGGCCCUCGAAAAACUCUGGUCAAUGACGGUGGAUGAAACUGCGGAUACAAGCAGUAUUGACGAUGAAGAGGAGUCGGAGUUGGAGUUCAGCGUUUUUGGAGACGCGCUGAUUGACGAUGUGGUUCUGCCACAAAACUUUCGAGGCACGCUCCACUUCAUGAAGAAUGUGCCCAGGUACAUCCAAAACACCAACGGUGGGAAGGGCAAGCCGAUUGUUUACAGACUGCUUCCGAUUGGAGCCUUGGAGUACAUGGGGACAGGUGUCGAAAUAAUUGGAAACGGCCAACUGCAUGCCGUGAGCCGGGAUUAUAUGGAAAGGUUCGUGGAGCUUUUCGACGAAAUUGAGGACAUCAAACGUGUCUUGAACGACUAUAAAGUGUUCGUAUACUGUCACAGACACUGCGUUCCGGACCAACAUUUGCGUCAAGUUAUCUACAACCAGCGUGAAAUACGCUGUCGUCAAGACUGCUUGAAAAGUGCAUACUCGGAAUUGCUUAGGACCGUUCGAGGGGGUACGGAGUCGCCAGAGAAACUCUCUGCACUGCAUGCAUGUUUACUUGAGGGAAAUGACGCCAUUGUCCGCCUGGCCGACGUGACAAACGAGUACAGGGAUAAGAUUGACUUCAUUGAUACUUUGGUAGGUAAUGGCGCGAGAUACAUUCGCGGGCAUGAUCCCUUCCUCGACACAGAGGUAGCAUGGGCUGGAGAUGAGGACGUAUUCGCCUUCUACUUCACAGAAUCGUCUCGGAAAAACUGUGAAUAUUGGACUAGUCUGUUUGCCGUACUUGAAGAAAUUGUUCGAUCUGAGUGUCCUAGGGCCUCUGUGUUGCUCGUCGACGAGGAAGGUGGUGACCCUCCUCGAUCAAAUCCGAUUAUCGUGCAUUAUCGCCAUGGAAUCACGAUUGUCCCAGAUGUUUACCAAGAACGCAAACUUUUCGGGGAGAAAUGCCUCAUGCGUUACAACCCAGAAAAGCUGGAGCGAACCGCCAUGAACAGACCAGUUGGGCGAAGACUUGUGAAAACCCCCUGCCCGGGUCCAUAUUGCAGCCAAAACGAAGUGCUAGAGUGGAUUUGCCGUGGGUGCCAGGCAUUGGCACAGUAUGGCCAUACGGACUCUUACAUCUACUGUGACUGUGGGCGCACCACAUACACCGAGUUCGAGUUCCGUUGCAACAGCCCUAGGCAUGGCGGUGCGUAUGCGAAGUAUGAUCCUACUAAGUUCAAGCAAUAUAUGGACCAAGUAGAGCCACUUCCGGAGCUAAAUGUUCUGAUUUUGGGUGAAACUGGCGUCGGUAAAUCGACAUUUAUCAACGCGUUUCUGAAUUACCUUCUAUAUGAAACGCUGGACGAUGCUUUGGACGCGGAGUCGUUGAAUUGGCUCAUUCCAUGUUCAUUUUCCACCCAGAAUUCCAGUCCAGACGACCCCAGAGGAGAGAUUAUCGAGACCAAGGUUGAGGUUGGAAUGAGCGAUGACGAGCACAGCGCCUUAGAUGGGCAAUCCGCAACGCAAACCACAGCGAUUUACCCAUUCCAACUGGGUGACGUGACGGUACGAUUGAUAGACACCCCAGGUAUUGGCGACACUCGUGGGGUAGAACACGACAAGAAGAAUAUGGCUAACAUUCUUGCUGUGUUGUCAAACUUUGACAAAAUACAUGGCAUUGUUGUUCUCCUAAAGCCGAAUGCAUCCCGUCUGACGACCGUGUUCCGGUUCUGUAUCAAGGAGCUGCUUACGCACCUCCAUCGCGAUGCCAGUCAGAAUAUGGUUUUCGGGUUUACCAACACGCGCGGUUCAAACUACAGACCAGGGGACACAUUUACACCCCUGAAAAUUCUCCUCGCAGAGUAUAGGGAUUUCGGGCUCGGUCUCUACAAGCAUACCGUGUAUUGUUUUGAUUCCGAAAGUUUUCGCUAUUUGGCAGCCUACAAACAAGGCAUCAACCUCGGCAAUAGAGUGCAAUAUACGGAGAGCUGGAAGCAAUCGGCUGACGAAAGCCAGCGACUACUGAACUACUUCCAAACCCUUACGCCACAUCAGGUGAAGAGCACAAUGAGUCUGAAUGAUAUGCGGCGUACAAUCUCACAGUUGACGAAACCGAUGGCGGACAUCAUGAAAGCAAUCAACGCGAGUAUUGAUCUGAAUAAGGACCAAGCCCAGGAGCUAUCUCGAAGAGAAUUAUCACACAAAGAGCUUACGGGGAAGCUAUGGGUCAAGAAGAUUUCCGUUGCUUUAGCUACAGUGCAGAGACCACGGACUGUCUGCGGACAUCGUGACUGUAUCGAAUACCGCCAAAUCCCCAAUAGUCAUCAAAACACCAUCUAUAGGAGCAUUUGCCACGACCCAUGCAAUCUGAGUGGUAUCAACGCAGAUGCGGUCGGCUUUCCAGGACUCCGCGACUGUGCAGCUUUCGGCGAGGACAGGUCCAGAUGUCUUAAAUGCAAUCAUCAUUGGCAGCAGCAUUUACAUAUCCUGUACGAGCAGCGCGAGAGGACCGACACUGUUGUUGAUCCCGACAUUGAGAGGGACAUCAACAACAACAAAGCCACAAUUGACACUAAACAAAAGGCGAUCAAGAACCUGGAAGUCAUCAUCCAAGAGUACGAAAGUGAGUAUGAGCAGAUAAAAAAGGCAGCGGCGGACUUUAGCAUUUUCUUACAGAAACAUUCCAUCGCGACCUACAAUGAUGCAAUGAUAGAAUAUCUGGAUCUUCUCAUUAAACGAGAGAAGGACAUUGUGAAUGUUGGUGGCAAUGACGACAACCUUCAAAGACUGGAGAGAAGCCAGGCUGAAUACCGAGCGCUCAUCCAAACGCUUGAGACCCUGAUUAGGGAUGGUGACGGCCAAACCGUCCUGAGUCGAGAACAGGUGGUUGCUCGGGUGGGUGAGCUUUAUGCCCUCAAACACUAUGGGGCAGUCUUGCGCCAGGCAGUGGAGGUCGUCGACACGGCACACAUGAAUACAUUCCGUGAGAAGCCAUAUAGGCCGCUCCCUGGAGGGCGCUCCCGUUUGCAGAAAUUCUGGGCAAGGGUUUGGCGCCAGUAA